AUGUCGGCACCCUACAAGAAGACGAACACCCACAAUGUGCCCUGCUUCUACUUCAAGAGGGGCGCUUGCACGAAUCAGCGCUGCCCGUACCUGCAUGUGCGUGGGAAGGAGUCAGGCGGUAACGCAGGCGCGGUGAAAUUGUCAAGCGUUACCUUGGGCUUACCGGAUGCAGCGACAAAUUUGCUCUCAACAAUGCUGAAGCUGGUCUUUGAGAAACAGCAGCAACGGGUGUAUGACGCGUCGUCUGGGAUGUUGGACCUGAGCGAGUUGAGGAAGUUUCCAGACCUAAAGGACGUCUCAAACUCCAUUAACUUUAAUACGCAGAACUUCUGCCGCGCUCUCUGUUCGACGAUAAAGUCACUUAUUGUCCCACCACCCUCUGCUAUGCAGUUAAAGGGAAAUGAUAUCACUUCCCUUUUUCACCUGGCAGGCCAGAUGGAAAAGGCGGAUUUGCACAUGUCGCUUCGGGCUCUUUCGCUAGAGGCAAAUAAUAUUAGGACGAUGGAUGCACUACAGGAACUUAAAAAGUUCAUGAAUUUACAGGAGUUGGUGCUUGUGGGUAACCCUGUGGCAAAGCGUGAUGACUACCGCAUGGAAGUGAAGAAGGCAUUGCCGUUUCUCCUUGGACUGGAUGGGGAAGGCAUCGCGGUUCCGCCACUGUUAUUGCCAUGGCCACGAUUUGCGACUUCCGAGUACACCGACGCGCAGCGGCAUGUGCUUCAGUUUGUCCAAUGCUCAUUGCUGAAUCCACUUGAGGCGGGUGAGGUGGAGCGGGUUUCACAGGGCGUGGAUGCAGUAUCAGAUAUUUAUGCGCAGAAGGCCAUUCUCACCAUUUCCCUUUCGUCACCGGAGGCUGCAGUAAGUUCGCCGGCGCGAAGCGUAAAUGGCUUUUCAUUGGCGUCUACGCAGCGCAACGUCAUUCGCGAAAUUGUUGGUCUCCGGCUAAAACAGACAGAGAGCAAUCACAACUUGUUGCAUGGCGUGAAGUCAAGUGUUGUGGCGUGCGGGCGUACAAAGGUCUGCUCACAGCUGGAACACUGGUUGUAUCCCAAAAAUUUUGCGGUUCAACACUUCGUGCACAGCAGUGCAAGCGCCUCGUUUCUGGAUAACACGUACCUGUCUGGCCCCGCACCUGUGGCGAUGAAGGUGCCGGUGACUGUGGUGACGUUGCAUGGCGUGAUGACGUGGACCCACCUCAGUCCGCAAAGUCAGAAUAACUCUGAUCGUGUGGUCAUUUAUCGCAACUUCACACGAGUACUUACUGUUCAGCAAAACGAGGCGGGCCGUUGGUUGGUGACGAACGAUAUGGUGUCACUGUACCUAUUUUCGGGGAAGACAGCGGGUCUAUCCAAGAAGGGAGAAGCUAACGCCGAUAUUUCAGCUGACGUGAGUGAGUGCCGUAUCCUGUUUAGUCCCAGAACCGAUCGCAGUCGCGCUGAGUUGCUUGGCAGGAAAAAAGAUGUACCAGUGGAAGUGGUUUUAGCACUAAGCCAACAUGUGAGCAAUGAUGCAGAGCUGAUGGCGGUGCUCGGCGACAUUGGAGGGGUGCCACUGAGCAUGUAUGAGCACUGCGCUGCACUAACAGGUGAGAAUAUACUAGAAAGUAUUCAAGUUUGCCGCAUAGGUAACCGGUUUGGAUUGGCCCCACAGGAAGGUUUGGAACUGCUGCGCAGGGUGGGUGGUAAUUGGUGUGCUGUAGAGGAGGCAAUGGGCACCGCCGUAGGAGUAACAACAUCACAGGUAGCAUAG